AUGAGGCCGAAACACUGGCUUUGCGCCGCCACCCUCUGCUUCUCGGCCGCCGCGGGCGAGGCCGCGCUUCGCCCGCCGCUGCUUCGAGCAGUGGCACCUGCGCUGACCCGCGACGGCACACUUGCAGCUCCGGCCUCUGUCCCUCUGUGGCGGCUGCGAGGUGGCGAUGCUGCCGCAGCGCCAAACCUCGGCUGGCUCUCGCUGAUUCCUCCGGUGGUUGCGCUCUCCGCGUCGGUGGCGUUGCGGCAGGUAAUUCUCGCCCUCCUCCUCGGCGUGUGGAGCGGCGCGCUCCUCGUCCAUCGCGGUAACGGACUGCUCGCCGCGGCGCGCACGUUUGAUUCGUACUUUGUGGACGCGCUGGCGGAGCGCGAGCACGCGGGCGUGGUGCUCUUCACGUUGCUCCUGGGCGGCACCAUCGGCCUCGUCCAGAAGGCGGGCGGCGGCCUCGCCCUCGCCGCGCUGCUGCGCCGCUUCAUGACGUCAGCGCGCAGCGGGCUCGGCGCGUGCGGCGCUCUCUGCUCGCUCAUCUUCUUCGACGACUACUCCUCGGUGCUCAUCGUGGGCACGUCGAUGCGCGAGGCGAUCGCGGCGCUGGGCGUCCCUUCCGAGCGGCUCGCGCUGCUCGUCCACACCAUGGGCGUCGUCCUCGCAAGCGUCUCGCCCGCGGGGCUCCAGAUCGGGUACGUCGGCGCCCUCCUCAAGCAGAUCGGGGCGGUGGACGACCCCUUCCUCGCCGCGGUGUCGUCGGUGCGGUACCGCUUCUUCCCGCUCCUCGCCCUCGCCGCCCUCCCCCUCUCCAUCCUCCUGCAGAAGGACCUCGGCCCGCUCGGCCGGCCAGAGUUCAAGCCGCGCCAGCCUCGCUCCUCGCCCCGCCGCACGGCAGAGAGGCGGGCGCAGGGGCAGGGGGAGGGGCGGGCGGAGGGGCAGGGGGAGGGGGCGGUCGCGGAGGGAGGGCCCGGCCCGCUCGACCCCAAGGCGGGGACGCCUCUCCGCGCGGUCAACGCCCUCCUUCCCUUUGGGACGAUCGUCCUCGCCACCUUCGGAGGGAUGCUAGCCGACGGCGCGGCGAAGGUGCGGUCGCUGCCCGACGCGUCCCGCCCCCCUCUCUCGCUCGUCUCGAUCCUGUCCCACAGCGACUCGAUCACCGCCCUCAUCUGGGCCUCCGCCGCCGGCUGGCUGUCUGCCCUCGGGCUUGUGCUCGCGCAAGGCGCGCUCGCGCUCGACGAGGCGAUGGCCGCGUGGGCGGAGGGGCUCAAGGAGGUCCUCGAGCCGAUGCUUGUCCUCCUCCUCGCGUGGGCCCUCGGCGCCGUCAUCGCCGACGUCGGCACCGCCACAUUCCUCGCCCGAUCGCUGCGCGAGGGGCUGCCGCGCUGGUCGCUGCCUCCCAUCGCUCUCGGCGGCGGCUCCCGCGAGUACCUCCUCCACUGCAUCGGCUCUUGCCUUGGCGGCGCAACCUUCGGCAACAUCUGCUCCCCCAUCUCGGACACGACCAUCCUGACGGCGCCCGCCGCCGAGGUCCUCGCGUCGAGGUGCGACUUGCAGGCCCACGUUGCGACAAUCACGCCCUACGCGCUGCUCGCCGCCGCGACCGCCUUGCUCUUCGGGUCCGUCCCUGUCGGGCUGGGCCUCUAUGGCCCGCUCGCCGCCCUGGCUGUCGGGGUCGCGGCCAUGGGCGCCGCCAUCGCCGUCUUUGGCACGUAGCCGCCCCCCGGAAGGUCAUACACCGGCCUGCUGCCGGUCGUAUACGACUUCGGCGUCCUGCUUCACCUCUGUCGCGUGCGGGCCUCGGAGCACGCGGGCCGGGGGGGCAUUCAGACCGUGCCCCGAGUCGGAUGCGGAAUGCAACGAGCCCGAGUGACGUAGCGAGAGCGCGAGCGGCGGGAGCGGGCGGCGGAGGGGGUUGGGCCCCUUUCGCGGGGGUGAAGGGAGAGUCACAUUGAAUUUGAAUUUUGGUCAAACGCC